GGCAGCGGCUCCGCGGCAGCGGGGAGGGCAGGUGAACUCCGGGGAAGGAUGACCGGCGUGGCCGCGAUCGUAUUUUUCUUGCAGCUCUUGCUCAGGGCGGACGGACAGGUCUUCCCAGGUGGUUGUUCAUUUGAUGAGCACUACAGUAACUGUGGCUAUAGCGUCGCCUUGGGAACCAAUGGAUUUACCUGGGAGCAGAUCAACACCUGGGAAAAGCCAACAAUGGAUCCUGCUGUCCCAACUGGCUCCUUCAUGAUGGUGAACAGCUCUGGGAGAGCAUCAGGGCAGAAAGCUCACCUGCUGCUGCCCACUCUGAAGGAGAAUGACACCCACUGCAUCGACUUCCACUAUUACCUGUCCAGCCGCGACCGCUCCAGCCCCGGCUCCCUCAACGUCUACGUCAAGGUCAACGGGGGCCCCCAGGGCAACCCCAUCUGGAACGUGUCAGGAGUGGUGACUGAAGGCUGGGUGAAGGCAGAGCUGGCCAUCAGCACCUUCUGGCCACAUUUCUAUCAGGUGAUAUUUGAAUCUGUCUCUUUGAAAGGACACCCUGGCUACAUAGCUGUGGAUGAAGUCAGAGUCCUCGCCCAUCCCUGCAGAAAAGCCCCCCAUUUCCUGCGGCUGCAGAACGUGGAGGUGAACGUGGGGCAGAACGCCACCUUCCAGUGCAUCGCCGGGGGCAAGUGGUCACAGCACGACAAGCUCUGGCUCCAGCAGUGGAACGGGAGGGACACGGCCCUGAUGGUCACUCGAGUGGUCAACCACAGGCGUUUCUCAGCCACGGUCAGCGUGGCCGACACGUCGCAGCGCAGCGUCAGCAAGUACCGCUGCGUCAUCCGCUCCGACGGCGGCUCCGGCGUCUCCAACUACGCCGAGCUCAUCGUCAAAGAGCCUCCCACCCCGAUCGCGCCGCCGGAGCUGCUGGCCGUGGGAGCCACGUACCUGUGGAUCAAACCCAACGCCAACUCCAUCAUCGGGGACGGGCCCAUCAUCCUCAAGGAGGUGGAGUACAGGACCACCACGGGCAACUGGGCAGAGACCCACAUCGUGGACUCCCCCAACUACAAGCUGUGGCACCUGGACCCCGACGUGGAGUACGAGAUCCGCGUGCUGCUGACGCGCCCCGGGGAAGGGGGCACCGGGCCCCCCGGGCCCCCCCUGACCACCAGGACCAAGUGUGCAGACCCCGUGCACGGGCCGCAGAACGUGGAGGUGGUGGACAUCCGCUCGCGGCAGCUGACGCUGCAGUGGGAGCCCUUCGGCUACGCCGUGACGCGCUGCCACAGCUACAACCUCACCGUGCACUACCAGUACGUCUUCAACCAGCAGAAGUUCGAGGCAGAGGAGCUCAUCCAGACUUCUUCCCACUACACCCUGCGAGGGCUCCGGCCCUUCAUGACCAUCAGGCUGAGGUUGGCCCUCUCCAACCCCGAGGGCAGGAUGGAAAGCGAGGAGCUGGUGGUGCAGACUGAGGAGGACGUUCCUGGACCCGUUCCCUUGGAAUCUAUCCAAGGAGGACCUUUUGAAGAGAAGAUCUACGUUCAGUGGAAGCCUCCAAAUGAGACAAAUGGCAUCAUUACACUCUAUGAGAUCACAUACAAGGCUGUUGGGUCUCUGGAUCCCAGUGCUGACCUGUCCAGCCAGAGAGGGAAAGUCUUCAAGCUGCGGAACGAAACCCAUCACCUCUUUGUGGGGCUGUACCCAGGCACCACCUACUCCUUCACCAUCAAAGCCAGCACAGUCAAGGGCUUUGGGCCACCCAUCACCACCAGGAUUGCCACCAAGAUUUCAGCUCCGUCCAUGCCCGAGUACGACACGGACUCUCCCCUCAAUGAGACUGACACCACCAUCACCGUCAUGCUGAAGCCUGCUCAGUCCCGGGGAGCUCCUGUCAGUGUCUACCAGCUCGUUGUCAAGGAGGAGAAGCUGCAGAAAGCCCGGAGAGCUGCAGACAUCAUCGAGUGCUUCUCUGUGCCAGUGAGCUACAAGAAUGCCUCCAGCCUGGACUCCCCACACUACUUUGCAGCUGAGCUGAAGCCCAUCAACCUUCCUGUCACACAGCCCUUCACCGUGGGCGACAACAAGACCUACAAUGGCUACUGGAAUGCUCCUCUUUCUCCCCUGAAAAGCUACAGCAUAUACUUCCAGGCUCUUAGCAAGGCCAAUGGAGAAACAAAAAUCAACUGUGUCCGGCUGGCAACAAAAGGAGCUUCCACCCAGAAUUCCAAUGCAGUGGAGCCUGAAAAGCAAGUGGACAGCACGGUGAAAAUGGCUGGAGUUAUAGCUGGUCUCCUGAUGUUUGUUAUUAUCCUCUUGGGAGCAAUGCUCACCAUCAAAAGAAGAAGAAAUGCAUAUUCCUACUCCUAUUACUUGAAGCUAGCCAAGAAGCAGAAGGAGACUCAGACCAGCACGCAGAGGGAGAUGGGUCCCGUGGCUACUUCUGACAAGACCUCCACCAAACUCAGUGCUGUUCACAAUGAAGAAGCUUUUUCUUCCAGCUGCCAAGAUGUUAAUGGAUUCAUUUCAUCAGACACCGUCCCAUCGACCACGCUGCUAGACAGCAGCCACGGGGAGCUGGCCCAGCCCACGCUGACCAUCCAGACCCACCCGUACCGCAGCUGCGAGCCCGUGGAGAUGUCCUACCCCCGGGGGCAGUUCCAGCCCGCCAUCCGAGUGGCAGACCUGCUGCAGCACAUCACCCAGAUGAAGAGGGGACAGGGCUAUGGCUUCAAGGAGGAGUAUGAGGCACUCCCCGAGGGGCAGACGGCGUCCUGGGAUACGGCCAAGGAAGACGAGAACCGCAACAAGAACAGAUAUGGGAACAUAAUCUCCUAUGAUCACUCAAGAGUGAGACUGCAGCUGCUGGAUGGGGACCCUCACUCUGACUACAUCAACGCCAACUACAUCGACGGGUACCAUCGGCCUCGCCAUUACAUUGCAACUCAAGGGCCGAUGCAGGAGACAGUGAAGGAUUUCUGGAGAAUGAUUUGGCAAGAAAACUCCGCGAGUGUUGUCAUGGUCACCAACCUGGUGGAAGUGGGCAGGGUGAAGUGUGUUCGAUACUGGCCAGAUGACACAGAAGUCUAUGGAGAUAUUAAAGUCACAUUAAUUGAGACAGAGCCACUGGCAGAGUAUGUCAUACGUACCUUCACUGUCCAAAAGAAAGGCUACCAUGAGAUCCGAGAGAUUCGGCAGUUCCACUUCACCAGCUGGCCGGACCACGGCGUGCCCUGCUACGCCACGGGGCUGCUGGGCUUCGUGCGCCAGGUGAAGUUCCUCAACCCCCCCGAGGCAGGACCCAUCGUGGUGCACUGCAGUGCUGGGGCCGGGAGGACGGGGUGCUUUAUUGCCAUUGACAUCAUGCUGGACAUGGCAGAGAACGAGGGCGUGGUGGAUAUUUUCAACUGCGUGCGAGAGCUGCGCUCCCAAAGGGUCAACUUGGUGCAGACAGAGGAGCAGUAUGUGUUUGUCCAUGAUGCCAUUCUGGAGGCAUGUCUCUGUGGCAACACAGCCAUUCCAGUCUGUGAGUUCAGAUCCAUCUAUUACAACAUCAGCAGACUGGAUCCACAGACCAAUUCCAGCCAGAUAAAAGAUGAGUUUCAGACCCUGAACAUCGUGACGCCGCGGGUGCGGCCGGAGGACUGCAGCAUCGGGCUGCUGCCGCGCAACCACGACAAGAACCGCUGCAUGGACGUGCUGCCCCUGGACCGCUGCCUGCCCUUCCUCAUCUCCGUGGAUGGCGAGUCCAGCAACUACAUCAAUGCUGCACUCAUGGAUAGCCACAAGCAGCCUGCUGCCUUCAUUGUCACCCAGCACCCCUUGCCCAACACCAUCACAGACUUCUGGAGGCUGGUGUUCGACUACAACUGCUCCUCUGUGGUGAUGCUCAACGAGAUGGAUGCAGCACAGCUCUGCAUGCAGUACUGGCCAGAGAAGACGUCCUGUUGUUAUGGCCCAAUCCAGGUGGAGUUUGUUUCAGCAGACAUUGAUGAAGAUAUCAUCAACAGGAUAUUCCGGAUUUGCAACAUGGCCAGGCCGCAGGACGGGUACCGCAUCGUGCAGCACCUGCAGUACAUCGGCUGGCCGGCCUACAGGGACACCCCUCCCUCCAAGCGCUCCCUGCUCAAGGUGGUCAGGAGGCUGGAGAAGUGGCAGGAGCAGUACGACGGCCGAGACGGGCGCACCGUGGUCCACUGCCUGAACGGCGGCGGUCGCAGCGGCACCUUCUGUGCCAUCUGCAGCGUGUGCGAAAUGAUCCAGCAGCAGAACAUCAUCGACGUGUUCCACAUAGUGAAAACGCUACGGAACAACAAAUCCAACAUGGUGGAGUCGCUGGAACAGUAUAAAUUUGUAUACGAGGUUGCACUGGAAUACUUGAGUUCCUUUUAGCCCAGCGAAGGGAGGGGACCCCACGAUGUGCCAGACCCCAAACUCUGGUGGAUGCUUCUCCCCUGUCCCACACUGGAAGGCAGUGACAAGUGUGGGGAGGAAAACUUCUCCUUCCUUCUCAGCAAGAGACUGAGGUUGCAGAGACCUCGCUGGAAGGAGGAGGCGAUGCCUGUGUGUGCUGCUGCCUGCUUUCUAUGGGAACAUCUACUGCUUCUUAAAUAACUUACUGUAAAAAUUAGCAACAUGGGAGACAGGCUGAAAGACUGGACUUUCUAAUCCCCUCUGACUUCUCUCCUCUUUUGGAUUGUGUUUUUGUUCUGCUUGCUGCAGAGUGGGGAAGGAAGGAAACCCUUAGGAAAUUCUCUUUUAAAUGUCUCCUUUUUAAUUUAUAAUUUUGUUCUCAAAUCCCAGCCUUUUAAUUUUUUAAUUUCAUGCAGCAGUCAUUUGGGAAAAAUGAGAUAGCCAUAGGGGAUACAUGAAAUGUUUCAUUACAAAUUGUCUACCUUAUCUGUUUCCUUUUAUUUGUUUUUCCUAAUGAAAAGGCCAACACACACACACACACACACACACAAAAAAAAAAAGACUAUGCUGGAAUUCUCUUCCCAAAUGUAGUCCCUUUAAGCAUGAAAAGAGAUGGUGGAGAUGAGAGGCUGUACAUGGAUCCACUGCCUCCACAGAAAUAUUUCCUCCCAGUUUCUGCUUGACAUCAGGGCUGUGCAUGACCCAGUUCCAUCCCUCUGGUCUGUGUCCUUUCACUGCUGGUGAAGCUGCUGAGGAGUUUCCCAGCCACUUGAACCUGAAGGUUAAAUAUUUCAAACCAAUGGCAUUCAUCUGGCAACGCUGGUGACUUGGUUACCACAUUUCCCAAGUAUUAGCUGGGGUGCAGUGUGUCUGACAAACAGGGUCUGAAGUAGGAAUUAUUGCUCAUAUACUAUGGAUGGCUAUUUUUUAUUUAUUAUUUGUAUUGCUGUAGAACUUAGGACCCCCAGUCAGGCCAGGACCCUGCUGAACCAGGCACUGUGCAGGCAGACAGCAGAGAAAGUUCCUGCUCAAGAGUUUAAAAGUCUGAAGGUUCUUAAAAUUGGGUUUGGGCAAGAUUUCCUCACUAUUUCCAGGCCCUACAAGCUUCAAAAUUGUAACCUAUUGGAGCUGUGGGAAAGGUGAUGUACAUACACAGAAACCUCUUCUGACACCUCCAAGGAGAAGGGUUAGCCCAGCACAGCAACUUCUCUUCUUAAGCAAAACAGCUUUUGUUUUAUUCUGCAAAAAUGCCCGAGCAAGUCUCCUGCUCUGAAACAAACACCAGAUGUGUUUUGCCAUGGUUGUGGACCUCAUUCUGACUUCUUAUCAGCUAAGAAAUUGCUUUUCUGAAAAAGUAGGUUUAAGUAGUUAAUCACUAAGGUCUGCAGGGUAAUCUUGGGGAAAAAAAAAUAAUUGAAUGAGCAAGGCUUUACAAUAAUUAGUAUUUCAAUUUAGCCAAUUAUUUAUCUUGAGGGUGAGGGAUAUGAGGUUGCUCUGUGUGUAAAAUGGAUUCUGGGGUGUAGGGUUCUUUAAAUUCAGACUUGCUAAAAGAUAGACUGAAGGUAAGAGUUGAAGGAACUCCAAUUUUCUUUUCACCCUGCAGUUUUCCACCCUCAGGUAAAUCCUCAGAGGCUGCUGGGAGCUCUGUCCUGCCCGUGCCCGGCACAGAGCAUGCCAGAAGUUCAAAAUGUUUUGCUAAUUCUGUCUGUGAAUUCAAAAGGCACCUCUGCUUCUUCAAUAGUCACACCCUCACCUUGACCAGGAGGGAUGGAAAUGAAAUCUGGCAAAAGCAGUUUCAACUCAGCCACACCAGUACCCAACCAAACCACUGCCAUCCACCAGGACCUGCACCAGCCUAGGGAGGGAUGCUCGGAGUUUCAUUAAUUUCCUUCUUGACAAGCAAAGGAUGCUGAACCACCUGGGGUUUCUCUAAGGAGCUUUGGAUUCUUGGCUUUAAUAUCAUGAAGAACUUAACUGAUCAUGAACCACCUUCUCACAGGAGCCUCUGUGCUGUUUAUGGUUGGUCCCUUCUGCUGCCUGCAAAAAAAUCAUGAAAUCAACUUGAGUUCCAGUUGGGGCUGUCAAGGGACUGGUCUGAAUUGUUGGUUUUUUUCUUUUAUUUAUGCAACAACACAAUUCAGCAGGAAAAAUAACUAGAAAGCAAAGUGAAACUCUUAGAUAAAAGUGAGAGGAAAAGAAAAAUAUUGGUGUAUUGAUCACAGGUGGCUGGAUGGAACAGUGUAGGUCAGGUGUUGGGAGAGAAGAAGGAAGAGGGAAUUCUAAUCCCUGGAUGGGAUUUUUCAACUACUAUGUAGGUAUGAAGAAAGUACAAGUCAGCAAAGUGUUUUUGACUCUGCUGACUCCAGAAAGCCAAAGGGAACCACUCCCUGUGGAUACUACAGAAAUAUUAAUUGGUAAUUAGCAUUUUGUUAAUUUUGCCUAGAAAGUAGCACAGUGACAGGUCUCCCUCGUGACUUGGGGGGUGAAGCCAGCCCCGAGAGGGACAGCUGGGAUAGGGAACAGGGAGGUAAAGAAAUGCCAGUGUCACUGAGGUGUGAAGUGUAGGAGGUAAUUUAGGCUUCACUUAAAAGAAAGUGGAUGGAAAUGCCAGAGUUGAGCCCACAGGAGGGGUGUGUGAGUGAGGGGAAGGAGGUGUGGGAUGAGCAGAGCAGCACUGGUGGGUCUGGAGGUGGGUUUGGAUGUGUUUGAUGGUAUGAGAAACACCACUAAAGGGUCAGGUACCCGUAUCAGCUGGCCCACAGCAACUCCUCGUGUGCUCAGCCCUCUGCAAAAGCCAAGUGAUGUUGGCACAAACUGCAGGGAAAGAUAUUUAAGCUAAAUUUUACAUUUUGUAGGAGCUCAAUGCAAAUGUUGGUUCCCACAGCCAACUGUUAGUCACAGCUUAUUAUGUGGCCACUCAACCAUGGGUCUGAACUUCCUAAUGUCCAGCCUAAAACCCAUAUGGAAAGAUACUCAGCAGACACUGCAGAUUGUGUUGCCAAAUUGUUCUAAAUUCCUGCAGUCACAGUGCUUUUGGGGGACUGACCCAGCUCCAGUCUGUGUUGGCUCAGGGAUCUUCCUGCUGUUCCUCCCUGCACAGUGCAUAUAUGCCAAGUGUGAAUUAAUGAUGAAGGGAAUUGUGUGGAAAAGCUCACUUUAAAUCACUUUAUUACCUAGAGGUUGUUUAAACCCUAGAGAACAGCCCAUAGUGAAGUAGGUAAUGUGUUUGAAGCAAGAUUAUGGGUGAUGGGUUUGUUUUCAUGGGGAAAGAAAGAAAUUAUGAGAUGAGAUAAAGGAGGUUUUCUCACUCCUGGAAGGAUUAAUAGUCAGUGUGAGCUUUUCAGCCUAAGCAUCCCCUGCUGUGGAUGAAAAGUGAUAAUGUGCAGUAAAAAAAGGGUGAAUUCCUCAGUGUCUGAAUUUUAGGCUGGAAAAAUAUCAUAUUGGCAAUAUUUGAAUGGACAUAAUGAAGAUGAAGUUAUUCCCAUGGAGACAUCCUUCAGAGGAGAGGGGGAACUGUUUGUGAUAGCACAGAGUUGGUGUAAAGUUUGGUCUGGAACACAAGGAAGUAGAAACGGGUGGUUUGGGGUCACUACCUCAUCUAGGGGGUAACCAGCAUCUUAAAUUAUUAUUGGUGUAACUGCAACAAUGAAUUCCACUGAUUAUUAGGAGUUUCUAGCCUUUUAUUCUGCAGCUGUAAACUCCCUGGGAAAAUUAAUCAAAAAACAAAAAGUCCAUUAGCCACAUGGACCCCGCAGUAGGAAAUUGAAGCCUGUGGGUGCUAGAGUGGCUUUUCUAUUUACUUUCCACAGGCCCUUUAGCAGCAUUUUGUGGGAUUUCCCUUGGGAAUCUCAAGCCAGGGAUUUCUGGCCACUGUUCUUGGGGUGCUGUAGAGUCAGAGGAAGGAGAGAGGCUCCUGCAGCAGGUGGUUCAGGAGGCAGUUAAACCAGUUUCCAUCUGGAAGAGAAGGAAAGGAGAAGAAAUCUCCUUUGGGAGAAAGCAAAUAUUGGAGGAGAAGGCAAAUGAAACGGAUCCUGGAACAGGUAGGAAAUUUGCACCUUGCUCUCUCUCUCUCAUUCUUGCACAGCUGCUCUCAUCUCUCUCUUCUGAGUUCCUGCCAAGAUCAUAAAAAGCACAUAAUGUCACAGUCCGGGCUGUGGAGAUGGAGCACUCGGAGUGUGACAGAGGGAAUAAAUCCUGAGGGACAAAGAUAAAAGAGGAUUUGCUCAAGAGAGGAAUCUUCAAAUAUGAGGUGCUUCUGUCUGUCACACUUGCAGAAUUUUUAGUAAAGUCACAGAGCAGGGCACAGUCCUGGCAUGGUCCUGGAUGGGCAAUGUGGUGGAAAAGUUUCCCCUUGGAAAAUUUCAUUGUCCUGUAAUAAAUGUGAACAAUCAACUCCAUGAUGUUGGCAGCACAGUUAAUUUUUGUGAUCACUCCAGCCAGUGAAAGGGGCAUCUCAAGACCUUGGUGUGAAACUGCUGCAUUUUCAUUUGAGAAUCUUUAAUUUGUCUUAAGUGUACAGAAGACAGUCAACCCCAUUUGUUUUUGUUUUUGUUUUUUUUUUAGGAAAAUAAAGGGGGCCAUGUGGCAAAA